AUGGAUUCGUCGCUUGCUAGCAAGUCGCCCGUAAUCUCUGAUUGCGAUGUCAAAGUUGUUAUUCGGCGCCCCACCCCUUCAAACGCGCGUAGAUAUACUCUGCUUUUGAUCUUCUGCAUUACGCAGUUUCUAUAUACACUCACCAACUCGGCAUUGUUCUCUGCUAUCCCUUUCCUUGUCCGGAAGUUUGGCUUCACCCACAGCCAAUCAAUUUGGAUCAUUAGUGCAUACCAGUUGACUUUUGCAUCCUUUCUCCUUAUGAGCGGGAAAAUUAGCGAUAUCUACAGUCCUAAAUACACCUUCAUAACCGGCAAAUUCAUCCUAGGGGUAAUCUCUAUCGGCCUCGGUUUUGUCUCCAAUGGUAUCUUGUUCCUUACACUGAGAGCCCUAAGUGGAAUCGCUGCAUCGCUUACCAUACCAUCAGCUCUAGCACUGCUUGUCGGACUUUUCCCUGAGCCUAGGCACCAAGCAGUAGCCAUUGCAGCGUUUGGAGCUUGGGGGGCAAUUGGCAUCGUGUUGGGUCUAAUUACUGGUGCCCUUUUCGUCGAAUAUGUGAGCUGGAGCUGGAUAUUUUGGUUUGUGUCGACGGUGAUCAUACCAACCACACUCAUUUCGGCGGUACUUAUUCCUUCACAAACAAAAAAUGUGAAGAGCGGCUGCACCAAAUUCAGGAGUCUUGACAUCACAGGAAUAUCAAUUCUUACAGUUGCCGUUAUACUUUUUAUAUUUGCUGUGACAACAGGGUCUAUUACGGGCUGGGGAUCAGCCACGACACUAGCACCCUUGGUCAUCGCCAUUGCCAUGAUUGCGGUAUUCUUUUUCUGGGAGGCCUUGCAGCCAAUCGAAUGCGCCGCCGUACCGUCUUCCACAUGGUCCAUUCCGAAUUUCUCUGUUCUGUUCGGAACGGCUCUUCUACCAUAUUUCUGGUGGGCAAACAUAUUCACCACCUAUGUGUCCCUGUGGCAAGAUGUUUAUAAAUGGAGCGCUAUGUCCUCUGCUGUCCAUAUGCUUCCAAUAGGCAUCACCGCCUUUGUCUUCAGUUUUACCAAUAGGAUAAAGGGACUUAGCGGCAUGAGUGCCAAGUGGCCCAUACUUUGUGGAGCACUGAUGAUGAUGUCGGCACUUGUUUUAUUCGCCUUUGCCGACAGACCUGACAAGUACUGGCCGUUGGUGUUCCCCGGCUUCAUCAUCGGUUCUGCAGGUGCAAUGUUAGCCAACAUUUCUGCAAACAUCGCGAUAUUCCGAGCCACGCCCCCCUCCAUGGCAGGCACCGUGGGCGCCAUAUUCAAUUGUGGUCUGCAACUUGGCUCUGCCGUUGGGUUGGCUGCCGUCAGCUCUAUUCAGGCAAGUGUGCAAGACAGAAAUGGGGGCCCUUCAAAUUAUGAAGGCCAGUCUGCUGGCUUUUGGUUCAUGCUGGCCUGCAUCUCUGUUGCUGCACUGGCCGUUCUAGUCUUCUACCACACCGACCCAGCCCAAAAUCGUGUCGAAGGAUCAGUUGUUUGUGAUGGAAAGUGA